AGCCGCCUUGUCAAGAUUCAUACACAUCUGAACUGGGGAAAAUUUCCCAUAUUAAGUGACAGCUAAUUUUAACCCUAUAUAUUUAAUUUGCAACGAGCCACUUUUUCUUUUUCUAUUGAAAUUAUUUGUCUUUUGAUAAACGUUGAAAGGAAAAUAUUGGGAAAUAAUGAGUUCAACUUUAUAUUAAAGUCACGAGCGACAGAUGAACUUAUCAGACUACUCGAGUACGAAGGUCCUCAUGAUGAUGAUACCUCAAGGCGAAAUUCCUCUCGUUUGGAAGGGAUAUGCGACUAAAAUUUCCAUUCUGGCAUUCGCUUUGGGUUCCUACUUCCUGAUUUUCCGAAAUAGGAAAUUCCCAUCCUUGCAAAAUUGGUUUCGAAAAUCGAAAAAAAGUGAUCCAAAUGAAAAUAAAAUUUCGAGGGAAAAAAUACUGAGGAAGAACUUAUUGGCCUACAAUCAUGAAUUAUGUCCAAUUUGUCUGGGAACUCCAAAAUUUGGUGUAAAGGCAGUUUGUGGUCAUUUACUUUGUGCGACUUGUUUGGCAAGUUAUUGUGAGGCCAGGGAAGUAUCUGCCCCUCCACCAUGUCCACUUUGUAGGGCACCUUUGGACACAGUCACCCUGGCGACCGAACAGCAGGGUUCGACUCUUUCAUUAACAGAAUUUGCAAAGGCGGAUAUAAAUUCAUCCGAGAAGACCCUCGCCUGGAUUCGUGAAUAUAAUCAUAAUCGGGGACAAAUUGCAUAUAGAAAAUUUAGUUACUCCAAAUUUUUCAAUCGAAGAACUGCCCUCUUCGUUAAUUUCUUGACUCUCUGUCUAGUUAUAGCUUUAAUCGAAACUAGAGUUCAGGCAUUGCCGUGGGUCGACUGGGUGACUUAUGGUUCAUUUUUGGGAAUAACACUGAGCAUCUUGACUAUAAUAACAUUGGUCAUAUGUGUUUGGUUGAAAUACCAAAAUCAAGUCACUCUCAACUAGAAGAAUAAUUUUAAAAAGUAGCAUUUUCUAAAGAAAAAUAAAAAAAAUUUACACUCGACAACCUACACUUUUGAAAUUGUAACCAUACUCUUAAUUUUAUAUUAAAAUUCUAUUUUAAAUCUCCACGUGAAUUAUUUUC